AUGGUUGAAACUCGCUCGGCCCUGAAGAGGAAGGCCAUGGAGGUAUUGCACCCCGUCCCCCUCGAGCCGGCUACAAGCCACUAUUGGAAGACCCAGAAAGAAAUGGAGACCGAGAUAGAAUUCCGUAGUAAGUACGGCGGGGGCUUCAUCCAACGACCCGACUACCACCGCCUGCUGGGAGGGGUGACCCAGCUCAUCAGAGAAGGCGCCGCCGAAUGGGCAUUUGACUCGGACGGCUUGCGUAGCUUUUACUGGGAGAUGUUCACCUAUUCUCGCUAUUGGUGUUCUCAAUAUUCGAUCUCUGACAUCGAUGUCUUGUCUGACGACCAGAUCCGGCGUCUGAUUUCCAGCGUUGACGGCUUCUGUGUGCAGAUGGACUGGGCUCGGUUGCGUCCUAUCCUCCCUCCCACUGCAGCCGAACGGUUUGGCGAGGUCCUAGGCGAGCUGCUAAUCUAUCUUACUGUGCAUGAGCGCCUGUUCGAGAACCCCUUUUGGUAUUUCGAUGGCAAGGUGGCGCCGGAUGACCCAGACGAGGACCCAAAAUUCGGAAGCAAGCUCAAGCAUCUCUUUGACGAGUUCUACAAGACAAACCCUACCUACGGCGUCCUGUGGAAGAUGCAAACGCAGCGCCUCGCAAACUCCAACAACCGCCACUAUGGCCCCAACCCCGAAUACGGGCAAUACAACGCAGAACGGCACGAGGCGGCUUUGGCUGGAUUCGCGGAUGACCUGCUGGCCAGCGAGCCUUUUUGCUGGUUGCUGAAAGAGCUGGACACCUCGGAGCUCGUCAGUAAGAGACGCGAUGACCUUAUCGACAUCUUCCGCAAGGCAGUCCGGGCCAUGAUCAAGUGCGAAACCUGGAUCAAUGGCCAACCUGUUCUGCGAGGGAUCAAGGAGCUGGGUGGCAUCUUCCAUGACCGUUCGAAGUUGGUUGGUCUUCACCCUUACUGCUGGAGGCCGAGGAUGGACUUCUGGAAGGGCCGCAAAAUCCUCGUUGUUUCGCGCCCAGGACUUGUGUAUGUGGAUAGUAUCAAUGGCUAUUCUCCGGACACGUCGCCCAGGGCAAGGGAGAUCAUAGGGGCCGAGGUCCUACCGAUGUACAUAUUGGGGGAUGACGCCGAAACCCAAAACAAGAUGGAGGAGGACACUGAAGUCGAGGACAAACAAGAUGAAGAUGACGAGGAAUAUGUACAGGGAAGAAGCGACUGA